CCUUGGCUGCCUGGAACCUCAAGGCAGCCUCAACUUUCGAGUCUAGCGUCCAGACUCUCCCGCUUCGUUACACGCCUCUGUGCUUUACAUCCCUAUGCUGUUGACUGCCACCAUUCCCUAACACGCGGCAGCACUGAUCUUCCUCCGCCUCGACCGCAUAGCAAAUCAUUCAUUGACAAGAUGCCGGCGCAAACCGAGAAAAGCCAGCUCAAGCGAGGCCGCCAAUCUCAAGGAGAGCAAGUCGAACCUAAGAAAGCCCGCCACUCCCGCCUGUCGCCAAACCCCCAGAGCCGUCUCAAGCAAGGUCCGCUGCCUUCGCCCGUAACUAACAAGGAGUCCACGGUAUCGGAUGACUACAAAGAGGGCACCGCCACCCCUCCAGACACACGACCUAGUCAGGCAAUAGGCUCCCAGGCAAAGCGUAUCGCCAACGGCCUAUCCUCGCCCCCCUCAGACACACAGCCAUUCACCCAGUUUUCAUACCCGUCAGAGACCCGAACAUAUGCCGUUGACGAUGAAGAGGGCCAGGAGGUAUGGGGUUAUCUAGUACCUAUGGACGAUCCUGCGGGGGAUGUCCUUGUUUUGAAACGUCGAGAGGCCUGUCCAGUCCCUGCGGAUCUGGUGGGUAGGACAACCGGAAAAGAAAAAGUAUCCAAAGGCGAAUACAAGGACCAGGAAGAGGGCUACGAAAAUAAGAAGGAGAACCAUGGUGUUGUAGCCGGUGGCUAUCUCAUCGGCCGUCAUCGAGAGUGCGAUCGCAUCUUGGACUCCCCAACCGUCUCAAACCGACACUGCCUUUUGUUUACGGAGAAGAAGGGCGGAGACGUUACCGCCGUACUUGAAGAUCUGUCGGGUAACGGAACAUUCGUUAACGAUGCCUUUGUCGGACGGAACAAGCGCCGUGAACUACAAGAGGGCGAUGAGAUUGCCAUCCUUGACCAAGCCCGCUUCGUCUUCAGGUAUGCGCUCAGGCGGAAUACACACAGGUUUCGCCAGCAGUACACAAUACAGGAGCAAUUGGGCAAGGGCCACUUCGCUUCGGUGUAUCUGUGUAUCGAGAAGACAACUGGGCUACGCUACGCGGUCAAGAAGUUCGAAAAGCGCUCGGGACCCGGGGAGAAGUCAAAGAUCGAUGGUCUGCAGCAAGAAAUUGCUGUCCUCAUGGGGGUUAAUCACCCAACUUUGCUUUGCCUCAAGGACACAUUCAACGAAGACGACGGUACCUAUCUUGUCCUUGAGUUAGCAGCCGAGGGCGAGCUAUUCAACUGGAUCGUCAUGAAACAGAAAUUGACUGAAGCGGAGGCGCGCAAAGUCUUCGUACAGUUGUUUCAGGGUGUGAAAUAUCUGCACGAACGUAACAUUGUCCAUCGCGACAUCAAACCAGAGAAUAUCCUGCUUACCGACAAGAACCUAUCCGUCAAGUUAGCUGACUUUGGGCUUGCGAAGAUCAUUGGCGAGGAGUCUUUCACUACUACCCUAUGCGGCACGCCAUCAUAUGUCGCACCCGAAAUACUCGAAAACUCUAACCAUCGCCGCUACACACGUGCAGUCGAUGUUUGGUCACUAGGCGUGGUGUUGUACAUCUGCCUGUGUGGCUUUCCUCCAUUCUCAGACGAACUCUACAGCAGUGAGAAUCCUUACACGCUAUCGCAACAGAUCAAGAUGGGCCGGUUCGACUACCCGUCGCCGUACUGGGACUCUGUUGGCGAUUCUGCGCUCGAUUUGAUUGACCGCAUGCUUACCGUGGAUGUCGAGUCAAGGAUCAGCAUUGAUGAAUGCUUAGAGCAUCCUUGGACGACACUGGCCACCAUCAACGUCAAUGACAGCACAGAUGGGCUGACAGGCGCAAUCUCCAAACUCGACUUUUCGAAGCGCAAGAUUCAACGAGAACGAACUAUGCUCAGUAGCAUCAACGAUGUGAGAGUGUCUCGCGUGAUUCAAGGCGGCGCUGGGCAGGAGGCAGUCAGGGUGUACGAGAAGAACGGACUCCAGAAUGGCACAAAGAUGAACAAGGCCGGCGUCAAGGAAGCGCAACCCGAUGAAAAGCGACACCCCAACGAGUUCAUCGAGAUGGGCGGCAAGGGCGACCAGACACUGUACUCGGAACAAGAAGACGGCUCUCGGUACGCAACUGACCAAAGUCUUGCGUCAUUGCAGAGCAGAGGGAUGGUUGAGAAGGAGUAGGGGUGGGUCUAGUCUCGUCUUUUGAGCUGCGCGUCCGGCGUACUCUGGGUGUUUUGGUUGGCUGGCGUUCCAUCGUGUCGGCCAGUAUAGGCACUGUAAAAUAAUCAUGGGUAUCAAUUGACAUUGGGCAAGCGUGUGUUGUGCUGUGAGGGCCAAUCUGGGGAGCACACGGUACGCUUUGUCAAAGAAUCUCUAGCUUGUAGCAACUUUCCAUGGUCUCUUUGGGGAAAUUGAUGAGCUGAUGUCUUGUCGGCCAAUAGGGGGAGGCUCUGUACGAUGGCGAUGGCGUGUCUGCAGAGGCUGAGGGGAGUUUGAUUAAGCGUCAGUUGUAUUACGUCGGCCGUUAGUGGUGCGAUGCUCUCCUUUGACGGGUG